AGGGCCGGGCGGCGGCCGGGCGGCGACGCGGGCGUCGGGGGACGCGGCGGGCGGUACCCCGGAGAGAAGUUGAGGGGCGGCCCGGCGGGGACGCGCGCAGGUUCGCGCUCCGGGACCCGCCCCGCGGCCAGAGGCUUCUGUUUACUUUCGAUCGAGUUUUUCCUGCUCCGGGGCAGGUGCCGGGGGCGGCAUGGAGUUCCCGGAGCACGGCGCUCGGCUGCUGGGCCGCCUGCGGCAGCAGCGCGAGCAGGGCUUCCUGUGCGACUGCACCGUGCUGGUGGGCGCCGCGCGCUUCCCGGCCCACCGCGCAGUGCUGGCCGCGUGCAGCGUCUACUUCCAUCUCUUCUACAGGGACCGGCCCGCGGGCAGCCGCGACGCGGUGCGGCUCAACGGCGACGUGGUCACGGCGCCCGCCUUCGGCCGCCUGCUGGACUUCAUGUAUGAGGGCCGCCUGGACCUGCGCAGCCUGCCGGUGGAGGACGUCCUGGCCGCCGCCAGCUACCUGCACAUGUACGACGUCGUCAAGGUCUGCAAGGGCAGGCUCAGGGACAAGGGACGCGCGCUGCACCGGGGGACCGCCGCAGCCCGGGCAGAUCCUCUGGGCCAGCCCCCGCGACCCCAGCCCGCCCGGUCCCCGGAGCUCUGCCCGGCCGCCCAGAAGGCCAGGCUGCCCCGGCCUGGGGCCCGCCCCCUCCCUCCGCGAGCACCCGGGCCCCCUCCCUGGCAGUCCCCGGGAGACUCAGACCGGGCCUUGGACCUGUCACUGAAAGCUGAGCCGGAUGCAGAGCGCGGGGCCGGCGGGGACCUCUGCGUCUGCCCGCUGUGCAGCAAGCUGUUCCCCGGCGCCCACGUGCUGCAGCUGCACCUCAGCGCCCACUUCCGCGAGCGGGACGGCGCCCGGGCGCGGCUGUCGCCCGACGGCACCAUGCCCACCUGCCCGCUCUGCGGGAAGACCUUCUCCUGCACAUACACACUGAAGAGGCACGAGCGCACCCACUCCGGCGAGAAGCCCUACACGUGCGUGCAGUGCGGCAAGAGCUUCCAGUACUCGCACAACCUGAGCCGCCACGCCGUGGUGCACACGCGGGAGAAGCCGCACGCCUGCCGCUGGUGUGAGCGCCGCUUCACGCAGUCCGGGGACCUCUACCGCCACGUCCGAAAAUUCCACUGUGGCCUGGUCAAGUCCCUGCUGGUGUGACAUGCCCUUGUGAGGCAUGGGAGGGCGGGGAGGGACGCCCCCAGGGGGGACACUGGGAUGGAGCGUGAGGGAUGGGAGCUGGGGGAGGCGGGGGAGCCCCUGUGCCACAACUCCCAGCAGAAAGGCCACUGCUGCCCCCGGACCGCAGCCUCAGACUCCCGGUGACUCAGCGGGGCUUGGGCCGCCCUCUUCCACGCCUGGCUCCCUCCCCCCACCCUCCAGCUGACCCCUGCCCCCAGCUGCGCCCUGACCUUGAGCACUAUCUUCCUCUCCAUCCCGUGUGUCGGCUCCAGGGGGUGUCCCACGGGCCCUGAGCUCCAGCCCAGCCUCCGCUGCUCCAGGACGCACUUCUGUCCUCCCUGCGGGGGCUUUCCUGACCACCUCACUGACUCAUUCAGGCUUACCCUCGUGAGCCUGGCACCAUGCUUGCUAGAGGAUGCACACAUCACAGAAGUUGUCAGUGUGUCCCAAAAAGGGCAUGUGGGGGGAACAGGCCCCUCCUGGUGGGUGGCAGCAGGAGGCUUCUCGGGAGGCCUGGGCGCAGGGAGUGCAGGCAGGGGACGUCAGGGCACAGCUGGCGUGGCUGGGCCGAGGAAGCAGAACCAGCCAAGACGCCGAGGGGCUCCUGAGUUCCAGGUGCUGGGGCGGGUGGAGGGUUCUCCAGAGCUUGUGAUCCUGCCCACACUGUAACUCGGUGGAGAGAGGACUGUCUUCAGAUGCAGAGAGAGCCUCCCUGAGGUUCCCAGAUGUCUACCCACGGGCGAUGGGCCGUGCUGCUUCCCUGCCCGAGCACGGGGGUCCGGGAUGCCUCUGAGCUUCCCUUGGGUGGAGCUGGGAGGGGCCUCAAGUACCUCCGGCUGCUACUGGGCUGCUGUGGACCUCACUCUGACGUCACCGAUUUGCCUCCUCGGGGUCUCCCUGGAGCAGCCGGUCGUUUCCAGAGCACUGAGCUGGGGGCCAGAAGCUGCUCUCUACUAGGGGAGUGUUUGCAGCCUGGCCCUUCCCUCCCGUGGGGCCUGGGUGGAAGCUCCCAUCGAAAAGGGAGGGGACAAGCCCCUGCUGAGCUGGGGUCACGGCCACCACUGUCACCCACAGCUGCUAGACCCUGAAAGACCUCUGCAUUUGUGGUGGGUGGGGGUCACCCAGCAGCUCUCGCUGUCAGAAUCUCCGUGAUUAUCGCAAGGGGACAGGGCAGGCGGGGGCUUGCGCCAGCUUCCGGGGGUCCAGCAGGCGGCAGAGCCCGCUGGACUGGUAUCCACCGACUGAAGGCACUGAGGACAGAGUCCAGCCAAGCUUAAGUUAUGUUCUCAUCUCCUGGCAACACUUGAUGUCGUAUUUAUUUGUCUGCCUGGUCUGGAGUGAAAUGACCGGUGGUCUUCACAAGCAGGUGGACAGAAGGGGCUGUGUCCCCAAAUGCCCUCCGCUCUCCCGCUGUGCAGGCAGCCCACCUUUCGGAGCAGGGCCUCUCCUGGUGCUUGGGGCUCUGAGGCCCUGGCUUGGCUGCAAACCAGAGAGCGCGCUGGGGAAGGGGACCCCCUGCUUGUGAUCGUCCUGGCUCUGGGCCCCGCACCCCCGGAAGGGCUACCUCACACUCCACGUCGUGUCCUCCAUGAUCAGGUUUCUGUGUGUGUGUGUGUGUGUGUGUGUGUGUCCAGCACAUGGUGAGGCCGAGCCAUGCCCACAGCCCCAGCAGGCGGCAGGGAAAUAUGGCAGCUGCCCUGGUUUUCCCCAGGGGUUCCGUGGGGAAGAAACUUACUUUCCGGUCCUGACUUACCAACACUGGAUUCAUUGUCUUCUGCAAACAGUUACUGUGAAAUUGAUGUAAAGAGAAGUGGUUAGUUUUUAAUUUGAUAACCAGCACAGUUCAGACGAAAUCUGCGUAUAUUUAAGGCACAGAUUGUGUGGGACUGUGUCGUACAGGCGCGUGGAGAUGCCGUCCGAGGGCAGCUUGCCGUGAGCGGUCCUCCCGGGCCAGUUCCGCCUCCUCCCCACGUCUCAGGCUGCUCUGCCCCUGGGGCCGGCAGCCCCCGUGGCCUGGAGGACAGAGUUUUGUGCUUAGCAUCUGGCGGGAGGUUUUGCUUGCACGCGCCCGCCUGCCAUGACAGUCUGGAAACCAGAGCUGUCUUCCUGUGUUCCCGGCAUCGUCUCAAUGCUGACCGUGCUAAUAAAGUCCGCCCCAGGUGGAGACGGCCAGGAUUAUUCCUGGGGA